AUGUCUAUGGCCAGCGAUUUCUACCUGCGCUACUACGUAGGGCAUAAGGGCAAGUUUGGACACGAGUUUCUGGAGUUUGAGUUUCGGCCGGACGGAAAACUUAGAUAUGCCAACAACAGCAAUUAUAAAAAUGAUGUCAUGAUCAGAAAGGAGGCUUAUGUACACAAGAGUGUAAUGGAAGAACUGAAGAGAAUUAUUGAUGACAGUGAAAUUACAAAAGAAGACGAUGCUUUGUGGCCUCCCCCUGACAGGGUUGGCCGGCAGGAGCUUGAAAUUGUAAUUGGAGAUGAACACAUUUCUUUUACCACAUCAAAAAUAGGUUCUCUUAUUGAUGUCAAUCAGUCAAAGGAUCCUGAAGGCCUUCGAGUAUUUUACUAUUUGGUACAGGACCUGAAGUGUUUAGUGUUUAGUCUUAUUGGAUUACAUUUCAAGAUUAAACCAAUCUAAACUAUAUGUUUUUUGAAACUGGGUUUAUAUUUAAUUAAGGGGUGGGUGAGGGAGGAUUUGUUCAUUUAUAAUAUUGGGGGUUGUAUGAAUGUGAAGCAAACUUUUUUGUAUGCAAAUUGAAAACAAGACAAUAUCUAAGCAGG